AUGGAGCAUUAUUUUCUGAAAUUCGGACACAAUUGUGAGCUUAGAGACGAUGAACUAAAAAAUCUUCUUAGUGAUAAAAGUAAACUCAAAAGAAAGCUUCUCAAAUGGACGACAAUCAAUGUUAAAUCAAACUUAACAUUGCAACACUUUAACAGUCACGCUGCCAUCGUUAAUGAUCGAAGAUUACAUUUUGAGAAUCAUUUGUCGACUAUUCAUCCAUUUUCAAACUUUAAAUGGUUUUGGGAGGUUUUUAUUGGUUUGGUGUUUCUAAGUGGAUUGUUUUACGAUCCUUUGAUGUAUUUAAAGUACGUUGGCGAAGAUCCCAGCGAAAGCGUCGGUAACCUCAUUAUAAUGAAGUUGAUCAAAAUAUUUUGUACAAUUGACAUGUUUGUCCGCUUCUUCACUGGAUACUUAGACCCAAAAAACUUUACGAUUGUUUUAGAUAGAAGGAAAAUCGCAAUGAGAUAUCUUCGGGGUUCCUUCAUAUUCGACUUUCUGAUAAACAUUCCACUCUUGGUUGCACUAAUUUUCCGUUUGGAUACUCAUGUUGCGAAAUAUCAUUUCAUCAAAAUUUUGACCUUACUAAGGAUUACUCGUCUUCCAACAUUCAUUCUCUAUAGUAAUCGCACGCUUGAACGAAUAGGAGUCGACGAUAAAUACAUGGAGAUAUUCAAACUUCUUUGUUACUGGUUGGUCUUCAUUCAUUGGGCGUCAUGUCUGCACAUCCUUCCUGGUUUAAUUGCUACAAACUUUCAAAAUAACAAUGAAAAUGCUUGGUACAAACAGGGAUUCUUUCAAAAUCGAAGUGAACUGGACAAAUAUAUAAUUUGCUUGUUCAAAUGCAUCAAAACUUUGAUGGGAACGGGUUAUGUGAAAGAGUUACAACCAACUGAAUAUUUUGAUAGAAUUUAUGGAACUUUAUUAAAUAUUGCUGGGCGUGUUGGACUUUGUAUCACUUUUGCUUACAUAUUUGAUAUUAUUCAAGGAAUGAAAAGUUCAACAUUGCGAUAUAAUCAAAUGAUGGUACAACUUUCUAAGUACACAGAUCAAAAUUGUUUACCAGAAGAAACCAAAAAUAAGCUUCGAAGCAACUACGAUUAUAUUUUUCGUAAAAGAUAUUUUAAUGAACAAGAAAUUCUCAAAACUUUACCCGCAUCGUUACGACAACAAAUUCUCGUUCACAAUACGCGACAACUGGUUGAAAACUCUCAGUUCUUUGAGAAUCUCCCAUCAUCUUUGGUAUUAAAAAUCAUUUCAUCGCUCACUCAAGAGUUGUUCUUAGAAGGCGAUGCCAUCAUUUCACCGGGUGAGAUUGGAACAGCAGUGUACUUUAUAGCUUCAGGUUCUGUUGCGUUUUGUUUGCCAAACGGUAAAGAAGUUUGUCACUUUACAGACGGUGACUACUUUGGGUUAGCAACAUUUUUCGCAGAUGAUUACCAACAUUUCGUAAAGGUCGUUGCGCUUGAAACGACGGAAUGUUACAAAUUAUACAAAAAAGAUUUUCAAAAUCUCAUUCAAGCUUAUCCCGAUCUAUUGAAGAAAGUUGAAGAACUUGCUGUCGAACGAAUUGACAUAGUUUUGAUGAUUGAAGAACGAGAGAAAAAUGAAAAAGAAUUUGCUUACAAAUCUAUCAAUCAAGAGAACAUUUCAAGCAACUCUGAGUGA